GCCACACAAUAAGACAAACGCCCCCUCUCUCUCUCUCUCUUCUUUUUGAGCUCUAUGUCUUUGACUUCAAAUCCUCUCUAGCAUUUAAAAAAAAAAAUUCCCAUUUUAUUUUUAAAACGAUAAGGGAAAGAAAAAAAAAACAAAGGAAUCAGCAUGCAGAGGCAGAAUCAGAAGCAGAUGAGCAGGUUGAAGUUGAACAAAAAUUUUCCUUCUGCAGCCUCUUUAACUCUCUCAUUUUCCUCUAUUCUUCUUCAUAUUUUCAUACAUAUAUAAACAACACUACCCCCCCUCCCUUCAAUUUCUGAAUGGGAUCACCAUCCAAUUACUAUUACCAUUUCUCUCUUCUUCUCAUUCUUUUCCUCCUUACGGCUUUAUUCCCUCGCCUUGUCUCUGCCUCUCCAGAAAGCGGAGGGUGGAUUGGGGAUCGGAAGAGUUUGGUUGGACCGGGAUCGUGCCCGCCGACCUGUCGAGCAAAGUGUGGGAGAUGCAGGCCGUGUGAACCGGUUCAUGUUCCAAUUCAACCGGGUUUGAGUGUGCCAUUGGAGUAUUAUCCUGAAGCUUGGAGAUGCAAGUGUGGGAAUAAACUGUUCAUGCCUUGACAUUAUUUCUUCCACAAAUAGUAAUUAAUUUAAUUUUCUCCUUUUACGGGUUUUGAAAUUAAUUAAUUAUUUUAUGUCGUGUUUGUUUGUGUGUGUAUAUAGUUAUAUUGAUCUGCUUAGUUAUUAUUGGUGGUAGUACUAUAAUUGCUAUGCUUGAAACUGGGCAGAGGAGAAUUAAUCGAUUUAAUUAAUGUAUCCUUAAACAUAACAUUAAUUAAAAGCUAUUUCUUUGUUUGUA